UUAAGACAUGGACAGAAAAAUAUAGAAUCUGGAAAUAUUUGGAUGGUAAUUAAUUUCUUUAGAUUUAUGUAUUUAUAUAUUCACAAACUUAGCUUGAAUUUAUUUGCAUACCAUAGCAGAGUGUGCCUAGUUAAAUUUGUACACCUUUUAAUUUUUCAAAUGAAAUUGUACCUACUGCUGAAAAAAAUCAGACAUUAUUUUUGUUAAACUAUCAGAAAUGUUUUUAUUUUUCCAGACUCUAUGUUUUUAACAUACAUAUGGCAUUCCCAAAUUGCUAUUGAUAAGGGUUUUCUUCUACUGAUAAUUUAAAAGUGAGCUCAGAACUCUUCCUCAGGCUUAAUUCGGAUGCAGACAUCUCAACCCACUAGUUAAUGAAGUCCCCUAUAGAAAGAACUUUCUUACAGGUUGAAGCUGAGAAUUGGGAAACAAAUAGCAUUGGGAGAAAAUAAGUAGACUUUGAUUUUGGAAAUUGAAAGGGGGAUUUUAAAGCAAAGCUUUGAAAUAAUCACGGCAGCAUAUCAGUAUGGGAAAACAAAAUGGAUCAUUUUGACAAAUUGGGUCACCAAAAUUUUCAAAUGUUAUGGGGCUGGAAAUAAUAACGAAAUUAGUGCAACUUCCUGAAUGGUUUAAAGAGAUGUACAUGUAAAGUAAAGUUAAAGUUAAGUGUAGUGCAUUGAUAUUAUUAUGCACUCCCUCCUACCCCCCUUCUUGUCGAUCUAUUUUUAGUUUUUUUUCCCAAGACUUACCAAACUUCUGAGUUUCUGUCGCUUUUAAUAUUACAGUUACUACAAGUAGAUGGAAAACACUCGUUCUAAACAUAAUAACGAAAAGUCACCAUUUGGGGGAAAACUAAGGCGGUAAAAGCCAGUUGUUGAGAAACGGAUGGUCAUGUGGCCACGAAUGAUUAGUUCUAUCAGGAAAAGUUUAAUUAACAGCCACCCUGCAUAGCCGAGGCUACUAUGUGGUCAGCCCGGCCUGGCAGGCUUAGGUGAGCUAGGCACAGAGCUAGUGUUCUGUUGCCCGCCCCGGGGGACUACACCACCGCACCCGGUAAGGUGGGGUGAAUAAGCAAAGUCAGAGAAUAAUUCUAUUUUCGGAGUUUAACUCCUUUUAACUAAAAUGACUUUGCUGAGGGUAGUCUGGGGUGGAGUCUGGAAUACCAACUGGCGUGGAGGCAGAAGGCGAUGGAGGGGCCCUAGAAGUCAGCCCCUGAGCCUGGCAUGCCUACUCCUCCGUCCCCGUCAGCAACAUGAACUCCGGCCUGGGCUCUAUGAACUCCAUGAACACCUACAUGACCAUGAACACCAUGACCACGAGCGGCAACAUGACCCCAGCUUCGUUCAACAUGUCCUACGCAAACACAGGCCUGGGCGCCGGCUUGAGUCCGGGCGCCGUGGCUGGCAUGCCGGGCGGCUCCGCGGGCGCCAUGAACAGCAUGACGGCGGCGGGCGUGACGGCCAUGGGAACGACGCUGAGCCCGGGAGGCAUGGGCGCCAUGGGCGCGCAGCCCGCGGCCUCCAUGAACGGCCUGGGCCCCUACGCGGCUGCCAUGAACCCGUGCAUGAGCCCCAUGGCGUACGCGCCGUCCAACCUGGGCCGCAGCCGCGCCGGGGGCGGCGGCGACGCCAAGACUUUCAAGCGCAGCUACCCGCACGCUAAGCCGCCCUAUUCCUACAUCUCGCUCAUCACCAUGGCCAUCCAGCAGGCGCCCAGCAAGAUGCUCACGCUAAGCGAGAUCUACCAGUGGAUCAUGGACCUCUUCCCCUAUUACCGGCAGAAUCAGCAGCGCUGGCAGAACUCCAUCCGGCACUCGCUCUCCUUCAACGACUGCUUCGUCAAAGUGGCGCGCUCCCCGGACAAGCCGGGCAAGGGCUCCUACUGGACGCUGCACCCGGACUCCGGCAACAUGUUUGAGAACGGUUGUUACUUGCGCCGCCAGAAGCGCUUCAAGUGUGAGAAGCAGCCGGGGGCCGGGGGCGGCAGCGGGAGCGGGGGUGGCGGCGGCGGCGCCAAGGGCGGUCCUGAGAGCCGCAAGGACCCCUCGAGCGCCGCCAACCCCAGUGCCAACUCGCCCCUUCAUCGGGGCGUGCACGGGAAGGCAGGCCAGCUAGAGGGCGCGCCGGCCCCCGGGCCGGCUGCCAGCCCCCAGACUCUGGACCACAGCGGGGCGACGGCGACAGGGGGCGCCUCGGAGUUGAAGACGCCAUCCUCCUCGGCUGCGCCCCCGAUCAGCUCGGGGCCCGGGGCGCUGGUAUCUGUGCCCCCCUCCCACCCGGCGCACGGCCUGGCUCCCCACGAGUCCCAGCUGCACCUGAAAGGGGACCCCCAUUACUCUUUCAACCACCCUUUCUCCAUCAACAACCUCAUGUCCUCCUCGGAGCAGCAGCACAAGCUGGACUUCAAGGCAUAUGAGCAAGCACUACAGUACUCGCCCUAUGGUGCUGCGUUGCCCGCCAGCCUGCCCCUCGGCAGCGCGUCGGUGGCCACCAGGAGCCCCAUCGAGCCCUCAGCCCUGGAGCCGGCCUACUACCAAGGUGUGUAUUCCAGACCCGUCCUAAACACUUCCUAGCUCCCUGGGACUGGGGGUUUGUCUGGCAUGGCCAUGCUGGUAGCAAGAGAGAGAGAGAGAGAGAGAGACAGAGGGAAAGAGUAAAAUCAACAGCAAACAAAACCACACAUACCAAGCCGACAACAGCAUAAUAAAAUCCCAGCUAUUUUUAUUUCAUUUUUUGUGUGUGUGCACAAUCUUUUCCCCAGUGCAGGACUGUUACUUUGUUAUUGUAUUUGAAAUGCCUUGUGUAUAUUAUUACAGAGAAAACCAAUCCCAAACCAACAAAUUUUUUUUCUGCAAAGUUUAACAAUCUGCAAAUGUAUAUAUAAAAUCCUCCUACUUCCUUAUUCCUUUCCCUUUCUUCCCUCUUUCCCUCCAGACACGUACUAGUCUGUGCAGGGUUUAUUUAAAGAAAGAAAAAGAAAGAGAGAUGAUCAGACUUGUAAAAUAUUUGUUUGUGCUCUCCCCCCAUCACCUGACCCUCCACAAGUUUACAAGUCUAUGGCAAUACUCUUAACCAUAAGAACUAAAAGGGUGAAGAAACAAGUUGACACUAGGGGCUAUUAAAAGUAUUUGAAGGACAACACUGCUGUUAUGCAGCAAAACAUAAACUGAUUAUAAACAUCAGAGCCAUUUGUUAUUCAACUUCCAUUUCUGAUACAUUCAGAUAGCAAAUGUCUUAAAAUGAAAUACAUAUAUAUUAUGUACGAACUUAUUUAUGCACAUGCUCAACUAUGUAGACAUCCUCCAUAUAUUUGCAUAACAUGUAGAAAUAAUAGGUUAAUGAUAUACAUGGGACAUUUUCAAGAGUUGCCUGACCAAGAAGUUACAAAGACACCCUCCUCCUUGUCUUCUCCACCCACAUAUAGCCAACCCUGAGAAGAAUUGCCAUCUUCAGUAACUCUGCUCCUUGCUUUGCAGAGUGCCAUUGUCAUGUCAUUCUGAGGUCACAUAACAUGUAUAAAAUUAGCUUUUAUGUAUCCGUACCAUUUAAAUAAUAUUUUUCCAGGAAAAAAGGAAUAUUACAAUGUUGGAGGAGAGAUGAGUUAUAGGGAGUGGUAUUUCAAAAUUUGGUCCAAAAUUCCAAAAUCUAAAUGAUUGUGGCCAUUUUAAUUAUUGCCAUUGUGUGCUUGUUUCAUUCAGUGUUAAUGCACUUUUCACAGUUGGACAUGGUGUUAGUAUAGCCAGACGGGUUUCAUUAUUCUUCUUUGCUUUCUCAAUGUUAAUUUAUUGCAUGGUUUAUUCCUUUUUUUUCCUUUAUAGUUGAAAUUGCUUUAAAUGAUGGUUAAAAUUACAAAUUAAAAAUGUUAAU